GCCAGCAGAGGACUCGCCUCCAUCUCACUGGAGGGAACAUUUUCUACACUUCAGAAUUUCCCACAUGAGCUCGGGGUGUAGCUCAGUGGUUGGGCACAUGCUUACCGCGGAUGAGAUCCUGGGUUCCAUCUACAACACUGCAAAAAGAUGAUAUUGACCAUCCUUCACCUCUCUGGUCCCGAGCCCUGCAGUGCUACAGCAUAGAGCACGUCUACUCCGGACCUUUUGACAUCAGUAACAUGCAGCUCCCCAAGAUCUCCUGCCCACACGCAUGCUCAGAGGUCAUCAUGUCCCUGGACACUGGGUACCGCAGGCCGCUGACCGUGCUGCAGAAGGGCUGCUGGGAGGGCCAGAAGAUCGGCAGGGUAGAGUCUCCUUGGAUGGCGCUGCCGCCUGACUACACAGAGGUGCAUGGCUGCAAGGAGGACCUGUGUAACACCAAGUUGCAGACCCACGACAGCAUCCCGGACCUGAGCAGAGCCCCGAAUCCACAGACGCUCAGCGGCACGGAAUGCUACAUGUGUUUGGGGAUGCACCCUGAAGACUGCUCCUUGGAAAAAUCCCUUCUGGUGCGGUGUCAUGGGGACCAGAGCGUCUGUUACCAGGGCAGUGGCCGAAUGAACACCGGCAACUUCUCAGUCCCCGUGUACAUCCGAACCUGCCACCGGCCCUCCUGCAUCGUCGAGGGCUCCACCAGUCCCUGGACAGCCAUUGAACUCCAGGGUGAAUGCUGCAAAGGCAACCUGUGCAAUGGGGGCUCCCUGAACGUCACAGCUGCGGCCGCCACCCCACUCCAGGCACCCCACACCCUGGCCCUGCUCCUCACAACUGCCCUGCUGGCCAGCGCUCUUGGAGGACCCCUGGGGUUCUCCAGGUAGAGGACACUGGAGCGGGUGCCUGCCCCUCCUGCUCACUGUGUCAGCCUGUGUCAUGGGUCAGCGGAGAAUGCUGUGCAAACAAGAGGGCAUGCCUGUCCCUCGGCCCAAGGUCCUUCACGUCCCUCUCUCCUGCCUCCCCACCCCUACCCCACCUGCAGCUGGUCAGCAGGUCUGGAAGAGACUGGGCACCGUCCCUGUGUCCCAGGGGGUGGAGAGUCACUCAUGUCCUGCCCACCUGAGGAGCAGUCCUGAUAUGGCUAUGACAUGGUCUCCUGGGCUCUCCCUGUCACGGCUACAGGACGAGUGACACAGUGUCUCUGCUAGCAUCUUCCUGAGUGGCACAGAAUGCUGUUUCCUGUGAGAGGCUGGACUCGAACUGGGCUGCCUGGGGAGUGGGAUCCCAGCUCUGUCCUUCUGCCCUUUUUGCCGGAGUGACCAGCAGAAGAGUGUUUAAACUCUCUGUGCCUCCUCUCCUCACCUGUCUGGUGGAGGUGAAAGUAAAGUCUGUCAUGAUGACA